ACACAAACCUGCGUUCAGUCGUCUAUUUAACACAUCUAUCGGUCGAACACUUGGAGAAAACUAAAGGCAAUAUAAUUAACAUAUCGAGUGUUGCGGGACUUAAACCGUCCGCCGGAGGGUAUCUGUACUCUAUGUCAAAGUGUGCACUCGAUAUGUUCACCCAAUGUCUAGCGCUAGAGUUGGGCCCAAAAGGGAUUCGCGUUAAUGUUAUCAAUCCGGCGGCCGUUAGGACUAACUUCCUUCAGGCUUUGGGCUUUACUAAAGAGAAAUGUGAGGAAUUAUAUACUGAAAUGGACAGCAAAUACCCGGUCGGACGGGUCGGUGAGUCCAUAGACAUCGCGAACGCCAUACUCUUCUUGGCCUCAGACGAGGCCUCGUUUGUAACGGGAAUUAAGUUUGUCUCCGAUGGCGGGGCCCUUAACGCUCCCUAUUAGUGUCUAUUAUUGUCCAUUAAAUAGUUAGCAC